AUGCAGCCCAUCUGGCCUCUGGCGGCUGCUCUGGCCCAUCUGCAGGCUGCAUAUCUGGAGGUUCUGAGCCCCAUGGCCAUCCCCUCGCCCCACGCCUGGCGGGCUCUGGAGUCAGUACUCUCUGGGGUGCCCUCCCCUGAGGUGACCCCUGCACUGCUCAUCAGCAGGGCCCCCCACCGCCCCCACAAGCUUUCUGGGACCAGGAGGACAGGUCAGAAGACCGGGGCUGCCCCCAGCCUCUGGUCCUUCUCUUGCCUUUUCAGCUCGGGCCCCUAA